CGUGCUAGAGGGCGAGCGCGGGGCGCGCAGCAGCGCGGAGGGGCCGCCGCCGCCAUGGGGAACGCGGGGAGCGUGGACUCGCAGCAGACGGAGUUCAGGGCGCACAGCGUGCCCCUCAAGCUGCCCAUGCCCGAGCCCGGGGAGCUGGAGGAGCGCUUCGCCGUGGUCCUGAACGCCAUGAACUUGCCUCCCGACAAAGCCCGGCUGCUGCGGCAAUACGACAAUGAGAAGAAGUGGGAGCUCAUCUGUGACCAGGAAAGGUUCCAAGUGAAGAAUCCCCCGCACACGUACAUCCAGAAGCUGAAGGGCUAUCUGGACCCAGCUGUCACCAGGAAGAAAUUCAGGAGACGAGUCCAAGAGUCUACUCAAGUACUCCGAGAACUGGAAAUUUCUUUGCGAACCAACCACAUUGGGUGGGUCAGGGAGUUCUUGAACGAAGAAAACAAAGGCCUGGAUGUGCUGGUGGAGUACUUGUCCUUUGCACAGUAUGCAGUCACGUUUGACUUCGAAAGCUUGGAGAACAACGUGGAAAACUCGAUGGACAAGUCCAAGCCUUGGAGCCGGUCGAUCGAGGACCUGCACAGGGGCAGCAAUUUGCCCUCACCGGUUGGCAGCAGUGCCUCGCGCUCCGGCAGGCACUCCGCUCUGCGGUACAAUACCUUGCCAAGCCGAAGAACUCUAAAAAAUUCCAGACUAGUGAGUAAGAAGGACGACGUUCACGUCUGCAUCAUGUGUUUACGUGCCAUCAUGAACUACCAGUAUGGAUUCAAUAUGGUCAUGUCGCACCCGCAUGCUGUUAAUGAAAUUGCACUAAGCCUGAACAACAAGAAUCCCAGGACGAAGGCCCUCGUCCUAGAGCUCCUGGCUGCUGUUUGUCUCGUCAGAGGAGGGCAUGAAAUCAUUUUGUCUGCGUUUGAUAACUUCAAGGAGGUGUGCGGAGAGAAGCAGCGCUUUGAGAAGCUGAUGGAGCACUUCCGAAAUGAAGACAACAACAUAGACUUCAUGGUGGCUUGCAUGCAGUUUAUCAACAUCGUUGUGCACUCAGUGGAGGACAUGAACUUCCGAGUCCACCUGCAGUACGAAUUUACAAAGCUGGGCCUGGACGAGUAUUUGGACAAACUGAAACACACAGAGAGUGACAAACUGCAGGUGCAAAUUCAAGCGUAUCUGGAUAACGUUUUUGACGUGGGAGCAUUACUGGAGGAUGCAGAAACCAAGAAUGCAGCCUUGGAAAGAGUUGAAGAACUGGAAGAAAACAUUUCCCACUUAUCUGAAAAACUUCAAGAUACGGAAAAUGAAGCCAUGGCAAAGAUUGUGGAACUGGAAAAACAGCUUAUGCAGAGAAACAAAGAACUGGAUGUGAUUCGGGAAAUCUACAAGGAUGCAAACAGCCAGGUUCACACCUUGAGAAAAAUGGUGAAGGAAAAAGAGGAAGCCAUCCAGCGACAGUCAACACUGGAGAAAAAGAUUCACGAACUGGAGAAGCAGGGGACCAUUAAGAUCCAGAAGAAAGGCGAUGGUGACAUCUCGAUUCUUCCCGUGGCUCUGGCCUCUGGGAUGGUGCCGGCGGGGGCAGAGGCUGCGGCUGGCACAUGUGUCACACCAACUGCUGGAGCUGCAUCUUCUGUACCACUGCCACCACCUCCACCACCAUUACCAGCCUUAGCAGCAGCAUCUGAAGCAGUGCAAAAUGGCCCUGUAACUGUGCCGGUGCCACCUCCACCGCCACCACCGCCUCCACCUCCGCCCCCAGCGCCGCCGCUGCCAGGUCCCGCCUUGGACACGGCUCCUGCCGCCCCGCUGCCCCCACCGCCCCCGCCGUCAGCACCCCCCCUGCCCGGCGCCGCCUCUCCCACCGUGGUUUUCAACUCAGGGCUUGCAGCUGUGAAAAUCAAGAAGCCGAUCAAGACCAAGUUCCGCAUGCCGGUGUUCAACUGGGUCGCCCUCAAACCCAACCAGAUCAACGGGACGGUCUUCAACGAAAUAGACGACGAAAGGAUCCUGGAGGAUUUAAACGUGGAUGAAUUUGAAGAAAUAUUCAAAACAAAAGCCCAAGGUCCUGCCAUUGAUCUUACUUCAAGCAAGCAAAAAAUAACUCAGAAAGGGUCGAACAAAGUCACGUUACUGGAUGCAAACAGGGCCAAAAAUCUUGCCAUCACUUUAAGGAAAGCUGGAAAGACGGCGGAUGAAAUCUGCAAAGCCAUUCACGUGUUUGACCUGAAAACGCUGCCAGUGGAUUUUGUUGAGUGCCUCAUGAGGUUCCUGCCCACCGAGAACGAGGUGAAGGUGCUGCGGCUCUACGAGCGGGAGAGGAAACCCAUCGAGAACCUGUCCGACGAAGACCGCUUCAUGAUGCAGUUCAGCAAGAUCGAGAGGCUGAUGCAGAAGAUGACCAUUAUGGCCUUCAUAGGCAACUUUGCCGAAAGCAUCCAGAUGCUGACCCCGCAACUUCACGCCAUAAUAGCUGCAUCUGUCUCAAUAAAGUCAUCCCAAAAGCUUAAGAAAAUACUGGAGAUCAUCUUGGCUCUCGGUAACUACAUGAACAGCAGUAAGCGAGGAGCGGUGUAUGGAUUUAAGCUACAGAGUCUAGACCUGCUCUUAGAAACAAAGUCAACAGACCGAAAACAAACCCUGUUGCACUAUAUUUCUAAUGUUGUCAAGGAGAAGUACCAGCACGUAUCCCUCUUUUACAAUGAACUUCAUUACGUGGAGAAGGCUGCUGCAGUGUCUCUAGAAAACGUCCUCUUGGAUGUGAAGGAGCUCCAGAGAGGCCUGGAUCUGACGAAGCGCGAGUACACCAUGCAUGACCACAACACGAUGCUGAAGGAGUUCAUUCAGAACAAUGAAGGAAAGCUGAAGAAGCUGCAGGAUGAUGCCAAAAUUGCCCAGGAUGCCUUUGAUGAUGCUGUGAAGUACUUUGGGGAGAAUCCAAAGACAACACCCCCCUCCGUUUUUUUCCCGGUGUUUGUCCGAUUCGUGAAGGCCUACAAGCAAGCAGAAGAAGAGAACGAGUUGAGAAAAAAGCAGGAACAGGCCUUAAUGGAAAAACUUAUGGAACAGGAAGCGAUGAUGGAGCAACAGGACCAAAAGUCUCCUUCGCAUAAAACAAAGAGACAGCAGCAAGAGCUAAUUGCAGAGCUCAGGAGGCGGCAGGUCAAGGAUAACAGGCAUGUGUACGAAGGGAAGGACGGUGCUAUUGAAGACAUCAUAACAGGUAAAGCCCUUUUGUUCCAUCAUCUCAGAGGCCCUUUCACCAAGGUUAAAAAUGUGUAUCUGCCUGAUAGCUAUCACGAGUGCGUUACGUGCUUCUUGUUAGAGCUACAGCAGCACAGCUUAGGAAAUGGUUUACAUGAUGUGAAUCAAUUAUAGUAAGUUUUGCUAAGGGUUUGUAACAAACAAAGCCCAGUAACCUCCCUUUGUGUGUUCACUGUCGGUGCUGCCCGUGUUUGUCACAAGCGCAGACCUUGGGCACGUGCUGUUUCUUACCUCUUCUCUUCCAGCAUGUUGGGAUGCACUUGGUCUCUGGUCUCUAGAGUAGGCAGCUCAGAUCUCAGCAGAUAUUCCGGUGGGGAUAUGCAUGCCGUGCAGAUCUUUCCCAGAAAUCUUUACUUUCCCAUAACUGGAAUGAAUGACAGAUGUUUAACAUUAUUAAGAGCCUGCAUUUUCAUUAAAAUGUACUAGCAGUAGUUGCACCACAUUAUUGCACGCUUACAGGAAAUCGUUUAGUCAAACCCAAAUGAUUGCUGGCCCUGAGCAGCUUCUGGUUUUAUACUGCUUUUCAGUUUGGCAGAAGCCUGCCCUGAUCACCACCAUAGGGCUGCAGGGAGGGCUGCAGAACCCGCUGUCAGCUGGGGCGUUGUGUGACAGAGCUGUCCUCUGAGUCGUGCUGUGCUCAGCAGCCAGGUCGUUUUGGGCUGUGCCACUGCUCUGGUUGAGGUGCUUGGAUUUUAGUGCACGUUCUGUACCUGUGGUGUGGAAGGAGCAAGACUUCCACGCUUCGAUAUCUUGACAGUAACUGAUUUCUGUUGCACGGAAAGUCAGAAAAACAGUCUUCGGGCAGGAUUGCCUUGGCUGUCUCCUGAAUGUUUGUCACAUCGUUUCUUCCCUCUGGGAGGAGAGCUGCUUUACCUCUCAGUGAGGAAAGCUGGUGAAUUUUUGCCCAGCUACAUGAGAGGGCUGAAAUGCUCUCGGUGAAGCUUUCACAGCUCUUUUUUAAGGUUUGAUCAAUAGAUUCCUAAGAUAAUAUUCUCCGUGUAAGAGGCAGACUUGCUGUACUAUCUAAUCGCUUCUGCUUCUGCAACUCCUUUGGGCUCCUGGAAGCCGGUGUAGUUGGUGAAGUGGCUCUCCUGCUCCGUGGGGGAAACAGAUGGUGCGAGCGAUGGCAGCCUGCGUGCAGCCCCGUGCAGGCGUGCCAGGCUCAGCCAACCCAACCAUCCCCUGUGGUGCCCAGCCCCUCCUGCUGCGCGCUGUCCCGGGGCCUCGGGCCGCGCAGUGACACACAGGGCACAGAAUGUCAGGUUGAACUGAGGUCACUUGGAUGCGGCGUGCGAGAGCCGGUCCAGCGGCACGGCAGUAAUCAGAAGCGUCACUUGACGCUGGCAGGUGCCUCUCAGGUGCACGGGGAGGCCCUGCUGGCCGGGAUGGGAACAGGGCAGCGUCCGGAGCCACGCUCUUCUGCAGCCAUAGCCUUCACAUUGAGCGGUAGUCUUCCAAAACCAUCAGACACUGCACGCUGUAAGAAACAGAUAUUCAGGGACUUGAAAGUGCCCCGUGACCAAAUCCUGCUGCACUGCAGUGUCACGAGUCGCUUGGAAGGUGCAGAAGUGUUCCCGGUUGUCCUUAACCAAGCGCUAACCGUGUACUAAUGCCGUCGAUCUGUGCUUCUCACUGCUCUGUUUGUUUGGCUGUUAUUCCCAUGCAGUGCUGAAGACUGUGCCCUUUACAGCUCGAACCGCCAAGCGGGGCUCUCGGUUUUUCUGCGAACCUGUUCUCACUGAGGAAUUCCAUUACUAAACUAUUCCUCUUUCACACCUGAUGCUCUUAGACAAAAAAAAGGUUGCUGUAGAUUUUUGACACUUCUCCAUUUGUAUGGACCUCAGCCGGGAUCAUGUGAAUGUUGAGUGUAUAGCAAUGUCCAGCGUCCGCCUGAAGUCGUACCGAUGUCACCUUUGUUGCAUGCGUUGUGUUUCAGUAACGUUUUAUUUCAUCCCAUCGACUGUGUCUGAUGCUUUUGCCCAUCCUCGCGUUUCAAAGGCAUCACUAACCCUCGUGACAAAUGCCAUAGAACAGCAAGUGGUGGAAGUCACAGUACAUUUGGUGCAGGCUCCGUGGGACGGACAAGGCUUAGGCCAAACGCAGUCGUACCGUGACCGUUCACUUGGCUUUUCUAUGUCAUCUCUGCUGGCUACAGAUCUUUCCCUGUAUGCACAUGUACCCGAGUAGUCUGCAUGUAGUAACUGAGCUGUAAGCCAGAGGGAACUCUGUCUGCAUGACUUCGGUGGGACUUUCUUGGGCUUUGCUUUCUGCCUUGGAAGGGUUAUCUGUGGUGACGUGUCCCCUCUCCGAGGGGCAUCGUUUUGGCCUUUCUAACCCUUGCCUGCACGUUUGCAUGUCAGACAUGGAAUGGAGUAAAUCUUCUCUCAUUUGUUCGCAUCCACAUUUAACUUUUUCAGUUCCAUGCCAACUUUUAUCCGAAAUAAAACCGGCAACGAGAAUUGAGUUUUAGCCAAUCCUCUCGGAGGCCGGCGCGGUGCCGUGGGCUUCGUAACGGCGCGGGUGGGAGGUGGCAGGGCUGGGCUGUGCCAGCCCACAGCUAUGGGCACGGGGCAAAGCUUGGCAUGGAACUGGGCAGCGUGCAUCGUGUGGUGUGAGGUGUCGGGAGGGCGUGCUUAACCCCGCAUGUCUCUUAACACUGUUGUCUUGGAUUAAGGACGGAUGGCUUAAGAAGACAACAGUGUUCACUUCGCAGUAUGUAUUUUUAUGAAUGCUUCUAAUAAAAUUGCAAACUGUCAUCAGCUCAACGGUUAUUUGCUCUUUCAAGUUAAUUGCUGUAUUUAUCUUCCUGGAGCCAAUCUUCAAAGCAGCUUGGAAUUUGGGUAGCGAGAGGGAAGGGUGGCCCUCGUGUCCUUUCCUCUCUUCUAACCUGUCGUGGCCUUAGCCUCACCCCUCCUCUCGCUCUGCUGGCUAACACGCCUGCCAUUUUUGAACGCUGAGUUGACUUGCUCUCCAUUUUCCAUCCCAUUUUUUACUUAACCAUCAUUUUGUGUUUGUUUUUUUUUCU